AUGGCAUCCAGCUCUGUGUUUCUGUCCAGUAUGGUGGGUAAAGCUCGCUCCUCCAACUUCACCCUCUCUGAGAAACUGGACCUGUUGAAGCUGGUCCGUCCUCACAUCCGCAUCCUGGAGGAGCACACCAACAAGCAUGCGGUCAUCGUGGACAAGAACAAGUGCUGGGACACUGUGGCUGAGCAGUACAACGCCUUGGGAGGGGACAGACCCCAUCGCACCGCUCAGGGCCUCAGGACCCUCUAUAAGAGACUGAAGGAGUCAGCCAAGCAGGAAGUGAUGCAGCGGAGACACGCCCAGCCAGAGUACAGAGCGAGCAUCUCUGAGCCAACCAGGAGAAUUAUGGAGAUGAUCCCUCACCUGUUUCACCAUGUGCCCAUCCACGAAAAGGACCAGGCACUGCGCAGAUUAAUAUACAGCAAGCACAACUCUCCCAUCGAACAUCCUGGCAGCAGCUCCUCUCUGGCUGGACUCCAGGAUUACUCAGCAGCUGUCCCAAGUAUCCCCCAUGAGGUGGUCCAGCUGGACCCUGAAGAGGAUGUUAAACCACCGCCAGACCUCCCCAUCCUGUCCGCACACACUAGGCCAGGGCUGGAUGGAGGCCAGGAGCAGGAGGGGGAGCAGGACUUGGGCAGCGUCCACGAUUACGAAGCAUCCCUGUCUCCCACCCCUUCCUCCGUUAACAUCCCCCUCUCUACCUCGCCGCUGCCCUUACGCCAUGACCUGUACCCCAACGACAUCUACCCUCACCACGAGCCCGACAGGUUUCGCCCUCUGCACCUGGCCAAAGAGGAGCACGAGUUGGUGUUAGCUAAUCACAGGAAGGUUGCAAUGUACCUGGAGGAGAAGAGGGAGGGGCUAAAGAGGAAACAGGACCUGGAGGAGGAACUUCUGAGAGCCAAGAUCAAAGUGGAGAAACUAAAAGCUGCUCGACUGAGACACGGACUGCCAGUUCCUCUGUAACAAGAAUGAACACGCACAUCUGUGGCCAGUGUUAGAAAGGGAGACGCUCUGAGGUGUGGAGAAAAAGCUGAGGAGCAAUCGCACCCAUCUGUUUCAUGUUUGAGAGCUCUUUCAGAACUUUAAUUUCUUUUGGAAACAUAGUGCCUCAUACAGACACUGAAAGCUUGUUUGCAAAUUGCAGGAUAAGGCUGACUUGUGUUGCCAUAAGUCUGUGUUUAUGCUUGUCAGUGUUAAAAAUCUGUCGUCAUUCUCUCACUUAUUGACUGAAGCGGCAACAACACUUGUAAGUGCUCAGAUUACAAAUACUGUGACAGGCCAAAAUAGGUGAAAUAAAUGUGAAAGUCUAGGUUUUAGAAGGGAUUAUUAGUAGUAAUGAAUGACAUGUAACAUGAUGGUGGUUUUCUUGCCCAGAUCUGCCACCAGUAUGCAUCUAUGGGAAUUUUAGCAUCUUGUUAAUGAUCUUUUUUAUCCAGGAUUGUUAGAAGAAUUAUUCUAACAGCAUUUAUUGCAAUGAUAUACUGGAGUGUCAUAAGUGUGAGUCUGCCCAGAUCAACAUCAGGGGGAUUGUUUUGCGCUCUGCUCAUCCUUUAUAAAGAACAUUUCCACUUGAUCUGACAUCUGUAAAAAUCAGAUGUGAUAAACUAGAGGCAUUUCCUUUUAGCACUUUUUGGUAACCAAAUUAGGGGACCUUUUCCAAAAUUCUGUAAUAAUUGCUUAAAAAAAAUUAAAAAGAAGCACUCCCAACCAACAAAGUUAAGUCUUUUUUUAGAACUGAGAAAUGUUCAGAUACCAAGGAUUGAAACACAAGUCUAACUGUUGAAGGCCUUAACACAUGAUGCUAAUGAUGACAAAUGUGAGUUUCUGAAUUCACAUGGAAGUGAAGUCAAACAUGUUCAAGUCAGAAAUCCUCUCAGUUUGCUGAAUUGAUGGCCAGUUAAGUGAUCAAAAGAAGGGAGAUGUGGAAGUGGUUAUGUGAUGUUAUUGUUAUUUAAUGUAUGUCACUACAACAUUGAUUGUCUUGUAAUGUUGGUAUAUGAGUGUUGUCAGUUUCUUUUAAAGUUUUUUCCUGACCACUUAUUUCUAUUAAAAA